GCCGGCCGCGCCGCGCCGCGCCGGGCGCCGCCAUGCUGAACACAGCCAGGCCGCGCCCCCCGGCCCCGCCGCCGCUGCCGCCCGGCGCCCUCCACGGCCUCUACGCCUGGCUGGACGCGCUGCCGCUCAGUCGCCGCAAGCGCCACCUGGCCCGGGACUUUAGUGACGGCGUGAUGCUGGCGGAGGUCGUGAAGCUCUUUCGCCCCCGGCUAGUGGACCUGCACAACUACGUCCCCACCUGCAACACCGGCCAGAAGCGCAGCAACUGGAACGUUCUCAACAGGAAAGUCUUCCACAAGCUGGGUCUCAGUGUCUCGGAGGAAGAGAUCCGAAAGGUGGUCGUCAACACCCCUGGGGCUAUUGAGCCCAUCCUGUGUGCAGUGAGGGACAAGGUGGAGGCCGGCGAGGACCCACCCGGCACAGCUGGACACAAGCGCUCGGGUCCAGGCUGUGCUGCCGCCUCCAGGGAGCAUGUCCCCCUGCCCAUUUGUGAUGGGGAGACGCCCGCAGGCCUGCGGACAAGGAUCGGUUGCCCAGCCGGGGAGCCCUGGCACCACCUGGACCCUGGGCUGCCACAGCGGCUGCUGGAGGAAAAGGAGCAGGCGCUGGCAGUCCUGCAGGAGACCAUCAAGGUUCUGCAGAUGAAGGUGGCCAGGCUGGAGCACCUGGUGAAACUGAAGGAUCAGCGGAUCGGAGCGCUCAUGCGACAGGGGGACCAGCCCCGGGGAGGGGGUACUCCGGGGCCUGAAGGGACCCGGAAGGAGUCCACCAGACUCCGACCCCGAGCCCACAUGGAAAUCCCCUAGACUGGGUGUUUCUGGGUGUGGCCACGCACUGUCCAUCAGACUCGGAGCGCCGAGGAGGGCCCAAGACAGCGUGUCCACAAGCAGAGGCCUGGCUCCUCCUGACUGCACAUCCCAGGUGCCCAGCCAAUGCGGCCUGAGGUUCCCCUGCUGCCCCCCACCCCCCUGCCGCCUCCCCCCACCAAGACCAGUUUGGAUAUGAAGACGGGCCUAGUUCCCUGGAGCCCCUGAGCUGUCCCGGUGUCACUGUGAACGCGGAGCAUCUGCGGGCAGUUGUGUGCUGGGGGGUCCGGGGUGGGGGCAGCGUCGCGAGUCAGCCAACCUGCCGUCCCGGGGUCCCCGCGGAAACGGCUCGUGGGAGGUUGUGUUUCCUGAAGGGCGCCUGUGGGGACCUCACGGUGGUCAUCCGACAUAGCCAGUCAGCCCUCCUUGCUCUGGAGGCUUUGGGGGUCAACAGAGCCAGGACCCGCAGGACGGGCUCCCCCCAGUGCAUGUGGGGCCCUGGCCCUGGGUGGGGGCAUCGGGGUGGGGGCCAGGUGCCCUGAGAUGCUGAGGUUGGGGGGCAGGGGGCUGUGUCCUAUCUGUCCUGUGUCCUGGCAUUCUCACCUUCCUGCUCCAGCAUCCAGGGUACUGCCCCCCACCCCCACCAACUGACUCACUGCCCCCUUCCCGAUACACGCACACGCCCCGGGCCCCUGCAGGGUUUCAGGAAGCAGCGUCAGAGCAGAAACCUCCGUCGGUUUUGGAGCUGCUCUGAGUCAGCCCACGUCCUCCCUGAGUCAGACAUGCAGCCCUGGCCCCAUAGCACGGGUCCAAGCCUCCAGGAUUGGAGGGACCUGGGGUUUGAGGCAGAGGGUCUGCUUCCCCAGGAGGAGCUGUGGAGGCUGAGUUGGGGAGGGGGGCGUUGCCUAGGAGGGGCCAACUUUCAGAUUUCUCCUGGGCACACCCUCACCCCUGGAGAGGAGCCCCAGGAUGUGUGUCUGGGGGCGGGUCUGGGCUGCCAGCUGUGGGAUCCAAGCUGCAAGCAGCCCCCACCGAUCCAGCGUCAGGAGCCACAGAGGGAGAUGGGCUCCUCAGCCUAGCGCGCGAAGUGUCUCGGGGCGGGGGCAGGAGGGGGCUCACUGGGGGCACGAGGCUGGGGGUUCUCUGGAGGACCCUGACCCCCCUCGCCAGCUGAAGGCUCUGUGCCACCCACAGGGGCAGGAAUGCGGAGGAGCAACCAGGGUGGGGGUCGGGCACAGGGCACACUGAUUCAGCCUGGCCGGCGGCCGGGUGACCAUGUGCUGGGCAGUGGGUUAUGGGCAGAGCUGGCCAGGCCUGGGCCCUGGGGAGACACAGAGGCAGGACUAUCUCCGGAAGAACAUGAGGUGAGGCUGCUCUGUGGCCACCCACUGACCUAAGCUGCCCGUGCCAUCUUCCACUCACUGCUGUUGGCCAGGGGCAGCUGUGUGCUGUUAGAGGCCUGUGUCACUGUGAGUUCACCCCAGCUUUCCCCUCGAACCCUGGGUGCAGAGACAGCCCCUGGAAGUUAAUGACGUUAAAGUCAGGCUGCCCACCCCUGCAACCAAGAGGCAAACACCAAAGCCUGUUCGGUGUCCGCCUCCACACCCGGGGGCCUGGCGUGUCAUCUGGCAGACGUUUUUGCACGUGUUAUUUCAUGAUUUUAAAAACAUUUUUAAGGGGAGACCUUCGGAGGUGCAGAGGUGUGAAUGACAGCCUGCAGGCCCACAGGGACCCCGCCUGCCCAGGAUGGGCAGAGGCAGCCGGCCCCUGGGCCUCGCCAGUCUCCUCCGGAAACGCUGCGGAGGUGCCCGCGAGGCCACGCCCUCACCACCCGGGAGCGCCCCAGGCUGGUCCAAGCACGCCCCGUGUGGCCAGGGCCGGAAUCACGCCCUGCUGACCCUCCUUAAAAAGGCAAGAGGCUGUGAUGAGGGCCUAGAGCCCCCCUGACCUUCCUGCCUGCAGAGGACUGGAGGGCUUCAUGCUAAUUCCUGCGUCAGCCAGAAACCCUCCAGGCCUCCACCCACGAGAACGCAGGUGAGCGGUGUGGACUGUACCACGGAGCCCAGUGUAGACAGAAACGCCAGUGGCCUCCAGGCCUGUGGGAGCUCCUGGCCUCCCCCCGCGGCCCCCAAGGCGCCCUCCCCAGCUUGGCACGUCUGUUUCCGUGGUUUCUGAAGCGUCUGAUCCAGCCUUUCCUUCCCAGAUGGGUUUCGAGUGAGCGCCACCGACGCUGGGGAGAUGCCGACCACGGCGGCGAGCUGGACCUGCUGCUGCAGAUGCGCCUCGGGGUGGGGGCGGGGGCCAUGCGGCUGCAAAGCUCCGGGGCUGGGGCCGAGACCUGCCCGGAAGCGGGGCCUGGGGCCAGGGACGGGGCGAGCCCCAGAAACAGAGCUGGGAGGGGGCGUGAGAACAGGCGGACGUAUGGGAGUGGGGCCUUGGGAGCCCAGCAAGGGUGACUUUUGAGCAAAGGCUUGAAGACAGCGAGGGGCUGCAGCUCAGACGCGGCGCACGGGGCGUCGGGGGCGGGGCGGUGGGCGAGGCUGAGGCUGCGAAGACUGGGGUUUCGCGCCUGGGAGGCGGCCCGACCUCGUGGGCUGGGGCUCACUCAGAAGGCAGGGGCGCAGGUGCUUGACCACAACGCCACAAAGCUAUCCUGGAGGGUGGCGUGGACGUGAACUCCGGGCUUCCCGCUCCCUGGCAUCAUGCUGAGAGCGAGCCAGGCUGCGUUUCUGCGCCGGAAGGGGCAGCGGCUGAUCUGGUGGUGUGGAUGUAUUAAGUGUUCUCUGACACGUGAGAAACACCUUUCGGGGGAAAAACACCCUGGCUGCACAAAGUGUGUGAAAAGUGAACUAGUGACAGCUUCCAUGAAACCAUCGCAAUAUUGUAAUUACUCUCCAAAUAAAAAGUAUAUUAAAAAACUGACAGAGGUUCACCCAGA